AAACGAUCCAGUGAAUCUUUCCCAGAUCUACUUCCAUCCAAAAAACAGCGCAUCUCCCACGCCACGGCCAAACCGAAGAAAGAAAACAAGCCUUUGAUUGGUGAGGUCCUCAAACGUGACCAACACCUCACUGUCAACGGCCAAGACCACUCACACAAAAAGGAAAAUAUUGAUGAGCGAGUCCAAGUCGCCACAUCCACCUCUGACAAUCCUGAUUAUAUGAAUACAUACCACCCGAUCUCCACUGCUGAGCAGCGUCAACGCUACAAACAGGAGUUUAAUACCGAGUACGAGGAGUACAGAGGGUUACACAUGAAUGUAGAAAAAGUGUCGAAGAAGUUCAUGGACUUCGAGGUCAUGCUUAAAAAAGCAGAACCUGGAUCAGAUAAUUAUGAGAAUUUGAAGAACAAGAUUCGAAAGGAAUACAAACUGCAAAAAAGUGAUGUAAAAUACAUUGAUCAAAAGAAGCGGUUUGACUAUUUACACAAGAAACUUGGCUUCAUAAAACAGCUGAUCCUCGAGUACGAUCGUCUGCAGACAAGUGGGGACUCCUAAUGAAGGCUAAAACCUUCUAAUAUUGCUCAAAUCUGGUCUCCGUACACUUUGGAUUAUGUGAUCUCCAUCUCUGAGAUGGAAGACCUGGCUCGCCUCAGGACCUGGUAAUUAGAUCUGUGCAACAGCUGUCGAUGUAAAGCUAUGCUCGAUUUCUGACUGAGAAAGA